AUCCUUACGUGGCAGUCUCACCGAAGCUAGCUAGGAAGUUUACAAAAUAUCCUCUAUAGCUUGUUCUGAGGCUCCUGCUGCGAUACAUGUGCAAUUUUAGGGGAUAUUUGAAAUCGCUGGUACACAGAGAAUCUACAAUUGUCACGUAACGCUAGCUAAAAUCUAAGCAUGUUCACGGCUUCAGAGAUCGUUGUUCUUCUUGGGUUCAUGUCCGCAACAGCGUCCGGCUACUUCGUUAGCAUAGACGCUCAUGCAGAUGAGUGCUUCCAUGAGCGGGUUAACUCGGGAACCAAGAUGGGCCUGAUGUUUGAAGUUGCUGAGGGGGGCUUUUUGGACAUUGACGUUGAGAUAACAGGACCUGAUGGCAAGCAGAUCUACAAAGGAGACCGAGAGUCCAGUGGAAAGUACUCCGUGGCAGCUCACAUGGAUGGGACCUACAAGUUCUGCUUCAGCAACAAGAUGUCCACCAUGACACCCAAGAUCGUCAUGUUCACUAUUGACAUUGGAGAGGCACCCAAGGGACAGGACAUGGAGACUGAAGGUGGAGAGAGUUGGGAUGCCCACCAGAACAAGCUGGAGGAGAUGAUCAACGAGCUGGCGGUUGCCAUGACGGCUGUCAAGCAUGAGCAGGAGUACAUGGAGGUCCGGGAAAGGAUACACAGAGCCAUCAAUGACAACACAAACAGCAGGGUGGUUCUCUGGUCGUUCUUCGAAGCCCUGGUCCUGGUGGCCAUGACUCUGGGACAGAUCUACUACCUGAAGAGGUUCUUCGAAGUGCGCCGAGUUGUGUAACACCUCCAACCUUCCCACUGUGACUUCCUGUUGCACUGUUAUCUCAGCACAGAGACAGCAAAACAGUCACACCUUGGAAAUAAGACUCUUGGCAGAUUUCAGUAAAAGUCUGAGUACAAAUUGGAUCCCUUUGUUUUUUUAAAAAUGUUUUACCCUGUUACCACUUGUUAUUUCCAUAUUCAUGUGCUUGUUACUGUUGUAUGUGUUUUGAACUCUAGGCCUUUCAAAGAUCAUAGGGUUGAUGAUGUCAAGUUUGAUUUAUUUUCUCAUCGCUGCGGGAGCAAAUUAUUUGUUAUGGAUUACUCCACGCAGCUUGGUCAACUGCAACUACUAGCCAUGCACUAGCCAAGGAGGUUGUCUGUCUGUCUAUAGUCAGUGGAUGGGCUGUAUAAAGUAACAAAACCAGGACCGGCAUUUGCGAGAUGCACACUGAUGUUUAUGCAAGAAUGUAUCCCUUAUUUGACCCAUUGUUUGGACCCCUUUGCAAUUGAUAUGAUGAAGUAGUUGAUAUAAAGUAUGCAUCAGCUCAAGGUGAGACACUUGGGGCUUGUUCAGGAGAGUGAAAUAUCACAGAACGUUCACGUAGAAAUGUAUUGUGCAGAACCGACAUGCUUCUGUUAUGUAGAAUAAAGAAUUGUGUCCAAAUAUCA